AUGGACCGGCUUGACUUCUGCCACGCUCUGCUAGUGAAGACGAUCGGAGGGAGGCUGUUCUUGGCACCCAUUGACGAGACAAAGACUCACCGAAUCCUUGAUGUUGGGACAGGAACAGGAAUCUGGGCCAUAGAAAUUGGCGACCUCUUCCCCAACGCGGAAAUCUUGGGGAAUGACCUCAGCGCUAUCCAACCAGACUGGGUCCCUCCCAACGUCAAGUUCGAAAUUGACGACGUUGAGAGUUCGUGGGUGAAUGACAAGAAGUACGACUUCAUCUUCAGCCGCUACAUGUGUGGUUCCAUUGCAGACUGGCCAACGUACAUGAAGCGGGUCUAUGCGAACCUCAACCCCGGGGGCUGGGCAGAGUUCCAGGACUGGAGCUUCAUGAUACACUCGGACGACGGAUCCGCCGAGGGCACGGAAUUUCUCCACUGGGUCAACCUCUUCAUGGAAGCCUGCGACGUGUUCGGUCGCGAUGGCCAGAUCGGACCCAAGCUGGAGGGCUUGGUAAGGGAAAACACCGGCCUGAUCAACAUUCAUCAUCAGCCGUACAAGAUCCCAGUCGGCCCCUGGGCAAAAGAUCCCUAUCUGAAGGACAUUGGAAUGUGCAACCUGAUCCAGUUGCUGGACGGGCUCGAAGGGUUCUCACUGAGACUGCUGUGUGGAGCUCUAGGCUGGACGAGAGAAGCGGUCCUUGUCCUGCUGGCCGGAGUGCGCAAGGACGUGAGAGAGGGUAAAGUUCAUGCCUGGAUGCAUUACAAUGUUGUCUAUGGGCAAAAGCCCGAGGAGGAGGCAGAUCAGGAGGAGGGACAGCAGGGACAGGAGGCGACAAAUGCGUAG